CUCUCGCUCGCUCACACACUCUCCUCCCUCCCUCUUGCUUUUUUGUCUGGCUGUGCUGUAGAGUGUAUGGGGAGUCUGGGCACUCUCACUGAUCCGUGAUUGGAGAUUUCAGAGAAACAAGGAAUUCCAUUCACCGAGUCCCCAUUCACAGCACUCAGACCAGAAGCAGCGCCUCCGACACCCGACAGCUCCAGACUCUGAGUUGUGAGGCCUGCCUUGUUGUUACACUCUGGAGCUCAGGAAAAGGACAUGAUUCAGACUGUCCCAGACUCAGCGGCUCAUUUCAAAUGAGGACGUCAGUAGACAUCAACUGAAUGGAAAGACCAGACUGUCGAUGUUGACCAUGACACCUGCUGUCGGAAAAAACCUGCCUUCCACACGGCAACAACAGGAAGCAUUAUCAGUAGUUAGUGAAGACCAAUCCUUAUUUGAGUGUACCUACGCUACGCCACACCUCGCCAAAACGGAAAUGACAGCUUCCUCAUCAAGUGAUUAUGGACAGACUUCAAAGAUUAGCCCACGAGUUCCUCAGCAAGAGUGGUUAUCACAACCACCAGCCAGAGUGAACAUCAAGAUGGAGUACAAUCCUAACCAGGUCAAUGGAUCCAGAAACUCACCAGAACACUGCAGUGUAGCCAAAGCAGGAAAGAUGGUCAGUGGUUCGGAGAAUGUUCCAAUGAGCUACAGCAACUACAUGGAGGAGAAGCAUGUGCCCCCUCCCAAUAUGACAACCAAUGAGCGGAGAGUGAUUGUGCCAGCAGAUCCUACACUGUGGUCUACAGAUCAUGUAAAACAAUGGCUGGAGUGGGCAGUGAAGGAGUACGGAUUGAUAGAUGUCGACGUGCCACUCUUUCAGAAUGUUGAUGGCAAGGAGCUCUGCAAAAUGACCAAAGAGGAUUUUCAGCGCCUCACCCCAAGCUACAAUGCCGACAUCCUUCUGUCACACCUGCAGUACCUCAGAGAGAUGUUCCUCAGGUUUUCCUCUCCUGCCUGUGGCCAAGGAAAUAGCCAUCACCGAAAAGCACCACUUCCUCAUUUGACUUCAGACGAUGUCGAUAAAGCCUUGCAAAACUCUCCGCGUCUGAUGCACGCCAGAAACACAGGGGGUGCAACAUUCAUUUUUCCAAAUCCAUCAGUUUAUCCUGAACCAACCCAGAGACUGACAGUGAGACCCGAUUUGCCUUAUGAUGCAACCAGACGAUCAGGGUGGGGAAGUCAUCCUGGAGUUCCGUCAAAGGGAACCCCUUCCUCAAAUGUAACCAAAGUAGAAGACCAGCCUCGACAACCAAUAGCAGAUCCUUAUCAGAUCCUUGGGCCAACAAGCAGCCGACUUGCAAACCCAGGGAGUGGUCAGAUUCAGCUGUGGCAGUUCUUGCUGGAGCUUCUUUCAGACAGCUCUAAUGCCAACUGCAUUACUUGGGAAGGGACCAAUGGAGAGUUCAAGAUGACUGACCCAGAUGAAGUUGCAAGACGUUGGGGAGAGAGGAAGAGCAAGCCCAACAUGAACUACGACAAGCUGAGCAGGGCCUUGCGUUACUACUAUGACAAGAACAUCAUGACCAAAGUCCAUGGCAAGCGCUAUGCUUACAAGUUUGACUUCCAUGGGAUUGCACAAGCCUUGCAACCCCACCCCCCUGAGUCUUCUGUGUACAAGUACCCGACAGAUAUCUCGUACAUGAGCUCCUAUCAUGCACAUCAACCAAAGAUGAAUUUUGUGGCUCCCCAUCCUCCAGCUCUACCUGUGACAUCAUCUAGUUUCUUUGCAGCUCCAGGUCCAUACUGGAAUUCUCCUACUGGAAGUAUCUACCCAAACGCCAGACAUCCUGCCACCCAUAUGCCACCUCAUCUUGGCACUUACUAUUGAACAAAGCUCAUACUUUCAAUUAAGACUUGGGUUACUGCUCUGGGAAUGCAACACUGUGUUACUAACUAUGGACUUUUAAAAUUGGAGAAAUAAAAAUAAAGUUUAGACUCAAACUAUACAUGAAUACUGAAGAUAAGUCUCGAAUACUGGAAGAGAUAAAACCGUGUGUUGACUAAUUGGAAACAAACUUGAUACAUGUCCGUGGAAGACUGGAGUUGGGUUACUAAAAGAGCAGUAUUUUAUAAAGAGCACAUGAAAUGAGAAAAAGAAUUAAGGAUCAAGUCCCUGGUCGCUGCUGGCAAUCAGGAAGAAAUAAGCGUUGCAUGGAAUGCAAUAUUGAGAUUAUGGAAUUUGAGAAGCAAAGAUCAACACACAGCAAGAGAAAACCAAUGUCAAAAUUAUAUAAAUGUAGGAUCUACCGACGAGAGACUUGAAAUGUAACUUCUUGGAUGUUCUUCAGUAGUUAAACUCUUGCUCUCUGAAAUGAAGUAUUUAUACCUUCUGGAAUUUAUUUGUUAACAGGAUUUAUCAUUCUAAAUAUAUUAAAAACAAAAUUGUGGAAGAUAUCUCCAAAACUUGGGAGACUGUUGGACAAUACUGCAAUGAUUUGGUACAAUGAUUUCUUACUUUGCAUGGUUUGAGCCAAACAUUUGGAUUUGAGUAUGUGCAGAAGGCUACGUGAUGGAUUGGUAAUUAGGCAAAGGCAAUGAAAUAGGAGAAUAGUUGGGUAGAAAGGAAUGAACUGGUGUGUGUUUCGCAAGCGGACAUGCAAAAACAAGACAUUAUCAAUUGGAUGUAAAAAGAUUCUCCAAAGAAGUCACUAAAAACAGAUUAAUUUUCAUAAUCAUUAUUAUGAAGGGGAAUAUAGAAGGAGAAAACAAAACAGAAAUCUGGAGCCAAAACACUUCAUCAUUUAAUGAAUUAAAAAAAACAUCUCUAAGAAUUGGAAAACUGGGAUUGUCUGGAAUUAUAACAUUUUGAAAACAAUCGGGAUCUUGUGAAUGUGCUUGAUGUAAAAUUGAUCAAGACCUGAAACUUGGGGUUUUAACAUUUUUAUACCUGCACAUUUGGGCUGGGAAGCCCACUAUCAAACCUGAGGAGAUUUCAAUGCAUUUUUUUUAAACCUAGGCGGUCGCCAGAUGUGAAGAGUCGCGAACGCUGUGCGUUUGUAAGAAAUAAGUAUUCAAAUCAAGGUUAUUUGCAUUUUAUAUUGUAAACUUAUUAUGUAACUUAUGCAUUUAUAUAUUCCUUUGUUUUCUGACACUACGAGUUGACCUCGGCCAACCAUGGACACCAAAAUAUAAAAAAAACAAAAACAGAAAAAAAAAGAAAAAGACAAAAAAAUAUGAUGCGCGAUUAAAUGUUACAGCCUUGAUUUAUAACUCUUUUUAAUGAAAUAUGCUUUAUGUUUACAUACGAAACUCUUAGCACAUAGGAUGCAAAUUAUAUAUGUAUUAAAAUAAGCCUGGCUUUCAUUUCAGAGUUUGUUUUCCCAUUGUUACUUAUACCUCAAGCUUAUGACAACAUUUUUUUGUGUGGUCAUGUAAGGUGGGUGGGAGGGAUGGGAGAGUGGUUGGUGCAUUGGUCAACAAAAGGAACGAAAACCCUAACUACAUGUAGGUAACUUUUGAUAUCUAAUGGGUGGAUCUAAUCACCUUAAAAGAUGGGGCAUUGUUACAAAAGCUAAUUAAUUAAAAUAAUCAUGUAAUUGUUAUUCAAUAAAAGUAAUUUUAUUGAUACUGUGCCAAAAAAACAGAUAUUUGAAGUAUUCUCAUUUUAAGAGAACAUUGACUGUACACUUGCUGUGAUAUGGGCAAAAUAAUACAGACUGAGACAAGUGUAGCUAGUAAUUGUGAAGCCACCCACCAGUAGCAAAGAAAGAAAUAUAGCUUAAUUUUGUGGGUCAAAAGAAGUGGAUGGUUUAAGAAGAUUUCAGCAGCUGAGUCUUUGGAGCCGAAAUUCUUCUUAUUUUGAAUGAAUAAUGCAGGCAAAAAUGUAAAACAGCAGAUUUUCUUGUGUUGCUGCAGUUUACAACCCACAUUGGUUCUCAACUACAUUUGGGCCAAGUAGUCCAGAGUACCAAGCCAUCUAAACUCCACGCGAGUGUGAUUUUGUCAGUGAUCUCACUCUGCUUUGAAGUCCAGUCAGACACUGACUCCCACUUCAGUGUGCAUUUGUGCUAUGACAGUGGCAUGGGUAUGAUAAGAGAAUAUUCCAUGCUGUGGCAAUAAUGGAAAUGUACCCUUAUUUUUCUUUUAAUUCCCGAGAUAAUCUUAUUUUAAAUUUGCAAGUACAACAUGCAAGUGCAACAUGUAAAACAUGCUGAUCCGAUCAGGGAAGUGGUAUUUGCAGAGCUGAUAUUUUGGUUUCUAAGCUCUUAUAUUUUUCUAAGAUAGUAUUUGAAUUCAGCCAGGGAGCUCAUCUCCCAACUUUCCUUCAAGAAAACGAAAAAAAAGAAUGGAAGGGCCAUGAAGUGUUUGUAUCAUUGAGGAAGAUUAAAAAAUAAUCUCCAUAGGAAUUUCAUUUUACCUUGACAGAAGCUAAGGUUAUAACCAGCUGCCUUGAUGCUGCCAGACUUUGACGAAAACUGGGUUGGAAAAAGUGCUUUUAAAUUCUGUCUGUCUUUGUUCCCAAAGCAAAAUCUGUAAUGUACACAGUAUAGUGAAGAUUAAAUUUUGAAGGUGCAUAUUCUGGCUUUAA